AUGGCUUCCAACCCUCCCGGCUCCUGCUGCUACAAAGGCGUCAAACACGAAGGCACUCCUACGGGCGAGUUCUCUCAACUGGGUGAUUUUGAGGUCUACACAAAGUAUCCCGAGAACAAGAGCACCGACAUUGGCAUCCUCAUCAUCACCGAUGUGAUCGGCCACCGCUUCAACAAUGCCCAAUUGAUCGCGGACCAGCUGGCCGCCAACGGCUACUUCGUCAUGAUGCCUGAUCUGUUCGACAAGGACCCCAUCCCCCUCAACCGCCCUGGCGAUUUCGACAUCAUGAAGUGGUUGAAGGGCGGAUAUCACCCCAAGGGGACGGCUCACUUGCCGCCCACCGUGGACCCCAUCGUCGACGCAUGCAUUGUUGAGAUGAGGACGAAGUACGGAUGCAAGAAACUUGGCGCCGUGGGCUACUGCUUCGGUGCGAAAUACGUGAUCCGACACCUGCGCCCGGACUCGGGCAAAUUCGACGCCGGCUAUUGCGCACACCCGUCUUUCGUCGAGGCCGACGAGCUCCGCGACAUCAAGGGCCCUCUCGCCAUUGCCGCCGCCGAGACCGACCACAUCUUCCCGCCCGAGAAACGUCACGAAAGCGAGGUCAUCCUCAAGGAGACCGGCCUGCCGUACCAGAUCAACCUGUACAGUGGCGUGGAGCAUGGCUUCGCCGUAAGAGGAGACGUAAACAGCAGAGUCCAUGUGUACGCCAAGGAGAGUGCUUUCGUGUUUGCGCUCCAGUGGUUCGAGGAGCAUUUGAAGGGUGGAAAGUAA